UAACAGCGAAGAUUGACGUGGAGGACGCGUCAAAUUAAUUCCAGCAAACUCCGGACUCCCCGGGAUAACUUCAAUUUGCUUUUAUCGGAUGAAGAUCACUUUGGUGCCGUUGUACCUUGCAGUCACUUGCUUGCAAAAAAAAGGAGAAGAAGAAGAAGAAGAAGGGGGGCAAGCUGCAGUCGGAGGAGAUUUUAAGAGGUCUCUUUCUCCCUCUUCUGGGGCUCUUUCUUCCAAGUUUCCCCUUCCUUCGCUGCCUUCGCUCGGACGCAUUCAGCCAUUUGAAGGGGCACCUACAUUUCCCAGCAUCUCGAAACAUAUAGACAAAUGGAGCAAACCUAUGGAGAGGUGAACCAGUUAGGCGGUGUGUUCGUCAAUGGGCGACCCCUGCCCAAUGCCAUACGGUUAAGAAUAGUGGAGCUGGCCCAACUCGGGAUCAGACCUUGUGAUAUAAGCCGGCAGCUCCGGGUCUCCCACGGCUGCGUGAGCAAGAUCUUAGCGAGGUACAACGAGACGGGCUCCAUCUUACCCGGUGCCAUCGGUGGGAGCAAACCGAGGGUCACGACGCCUAACGUGGUGAAAAAUAUCAGGGAAUACAAACAAAACGACCCCGGGAUCUUUGCCUGGGAGAUCCGGGACAGGCUUUUGGCAGAUGGAGUUUGUGACAAAUACAACGUCCCGUCGGUUAGUUCGAUCAGCAGGAUUUUACGCAACAAGAUUGGAAACCUCUCCCAGCCCAACCAGUACGAGAGCAGUAAGCAAGCCUCCGCGCAGGCCGGGCUCCCCUACAACCACAUAUACCCUUAUUCCUACCCCAACACCAUGUCGCCUAAAAUGAGCAGCCCUCCUGGAGUACCCGUGACGGCUGGGCAUGUGAGCAUAUCCAGGGCCUGGCCUUCUGCACACACAGUCAGCAACAUCCUCGGCAUACGAGCCUUUAUGGAUCCCGCAGCCAUUGCUGGGACGGAGGGAUAUCCACCAAAAAUGGAGGAGUGGAGUAGCGUCAACAGAGCAGCUUUCCCAGCGGCUCACCCGGUCAACGGGAUCGACAAAUCAGCCAUUGACGCCGACAUAAAAUACGCACAGCCUUCAUCGACACUGUCCAGUUAUGUCUCGGCGUGUGCUUACUCUCCCACCAACCAGUACGGGGUGUACAGCGGGUCAACGGGCGGCUACGUGGCCCCGGGCCAUCACCACUGGCAGCCGCAGAGCCCGGCCCUGUCCCACCCAGGGAGCGGGAUGGGCAUGCACGCGGGGGAGAUCCACUCGCCGAUGGCCUUCAAGCACCAGCAAGCCCGAGAAGGAGACAGAAAACCGCCCAGUCCCCUGAGCAAGCAGCAGCAGCAGCAACAUGAAGACUUGAACAGUGUGCAUGGACUCAGUCUCCCUACCUCAUCAUCAUAACCGGGACUUAUACCACCUUUAAUUACCAGACCCCCAUUUAACUGAACUCAUUUCAACAACUCCAACAGUAAGUCUGAACACUAACGGCUUGUUCCUCCGGGUGUUUGUUGCUUACAGUCAAACACAGGCCUGUUCACAUGCAUUAUGAAUACAGUAUAGCUUUAUCGGCCUUUCGUGGCCAUAUGAAUGUAAGCUUGCAUGGAUGUAUCGGUGUCUCCCCUCAUUGGUUGCUAAUUUUUUUUCUUCUCCAUUGAAUUCUUCCUGUUUCUUUACUGUAUAUUCUCUUAUGGAGACUGCAGGAUAAAAAAUUACACUUUGCCCGUCCAGUCUGUCAUCGAUGUUUUAUUAUAAAACCAAGGGCUAUUCUGUAAACCGCCAUAUAUUAUAUUCUCUUAAUUUGUGGCCAUUAUCUCGAUCCUACAGUGACUCAACGAUGUGAACAAAGAAAUAAUUUGUCUAAAUGUAAAAAUAUUUGCCAAAGCUUUAAUUAUAUAUUUUUAUAAUUUCAUUGUAAAUAUUCAAAAAAUAAAGGCUUUCUUAAAUGCCAUACUGUGGUCCUGCAGCCCACGUUAUUUCAGCAGAGGUGCAUGGUAGAAAUGAAAUUCGUUGCUUCAAUGAGAGUCUGGUGCAGAUGAGGGUGUUGGUAUUAGUUUAGAUACGGGGAAUUAAGGUUUUCUGCUAACUCAAGUGGUUUUCUGUUUUAUUGCAACCAGUGAAGGCCUCAUCCCAAAACGCCCUGUCUUAUUUCUGCUGUUGAUAGCCUGGACUUCAGCCUACAGUUUCCCAAACUCUCUAUACCUGCAAUUUAUUCCAUCGCAGACAGUUGUCUUCCAACUAGAGGUGAAGGAAAUAUUACUUUCUCUGAAUGGAAGUUUAAUCUGGGCAUGUGCUUUCCCCGUGAGCUUUAAAUGGCCUUAAACAAAUUUUGAUCAAUCAAAAAAUUAAGCGAACAAUCUAAGUUUUAGCCCGUCUCAUAUGGCAACAUUUCUUAAUUGGAUUUAUAUCAUAAUGUCGAAAAUGAAACCGAUAUAUGGAGAGUCAUUACACCACAAUUUACUGGGAGAAGUAAUUUCUUUACUCAGGUGUAUCCUCCCAUACAUUUCCACGGUGCUCUCAACGGGCUGGGCGCCUCCACUGAUGCUAUCUGUGUUGUAAUUGAUACCCGCCAUGAUGGAAAUCUGAGGGCUGAUCAGCGCGUUCAUUAGAAAGGUGUGUGCAGGAGAGAGCAGAUGACAGCCCAAAUCCACCCACAUGCAGCCUCAGGGGUAAUGUUUUCCCGUAUAGAAAUUACGAGAAUUUUCCCAUACAAGCUCUAUACUCACGCUCUCUAAACUCUUUUUUUUUUUUUUUAAUUCUGGCCUGUUUACUCUGUGCCUCGCUCUAACGAAAAGCCUCCUCACAGCUUUUCUUAAUAGACUGAACUGUGCGGCACUGAACAUUUAUAUGACCAUGUUUUCUGAUCUCACCUCGCUGUUCGGCUCGUUUCUAUGAUAAACCUUUUGCUUUUUGUGGUGGUAAUUGGUUAUUUAUUAUAUUU